GCGGUACGAGUAGGGCCCAGCGAUAGCCACACAUAAAUGUAAAUACAAUAUACAUACAUACACAUGUACGUAUAUAUGAGGGCAAUGCGAAGCACGCAUUUCGAAAUGCGAAAUACUGUUUUAGUCAGCGUAUUCUUGGCCAGUUUUUGGUGUACAUUAUGCCUGGCCGAGUACGAGGCUCUCGAUCACUUCCAUAUUGAGGUAUCCCGGGCCAAUUUGCGCGAGGGCGACUCAUACAACGUUACCUGCUGGACGGACAGCUUGGCCGCUCUGAACCAAUUGUGCGGCGCCGGCGGAGUCCAGCGAUUGUAUAUGCAGGCGAGCCGCACAAAUCUAACGGUGAGCAUCCUGAAUGACACGACUAUUUACCACGAGAUGCCAUCGGCUCAGCCCAUGCACGGUCGAGCGUUUGGCUACGAGUGCCUGUGCAACGGCGCAUCGAUAGUCUCCACGUUCUUCCCGGUGGGCGUGCGAUUGCAGGUGGUGGACUUCAGCUGCCGAUUCGAGGACGCCAAAUUUCCGGCGCUAUUCAACUGCAGCUUCAGCAGGCCGCCGAUGAGUGAUACGGUGGACGCCACGGCGAACUACACGCUACAGCAUGACGGUCGGACUGUCGCCUGCCAGCCGGUUGGGCAAGGCUUACGGAUGCAGUGCAUCGGCCGGCUGAACAAUUUCCAAAAGGCCUUCAAUUUCACAUUGAGACUGCACGACCAAUUGGGUGAGCAUUCCCAGCGAUUCCAGCUGAGGCGCGAGCAGAUGAUCGUGCUGGAGCGGCCGGGAGCCGAUUUCAAUGUGACCAGCCUAAACAGCUCAUCGAUCUGCCUGGAGUGGAGCGCCAAGCGGUCCACAAACCACAUCGGCUACACAAUCGUGUGGUCGAAGCUGCUGCUGAACGACAACAUCAACAAUGCGAGCGUCCUUUGGACAGAUGUGAAGCAGGCGACGAACAGGGAGAGCGUCUGCCUCUACCGGCUGCCCCAUCCAUAUCAGAACUAUACAAUUGAGCUGCAACGUCGCUACAACUAUUCCGGCGCCCAUUUAAGCCCUAGCUUUGUCUAUAGCUUCUACACGCUUCCAGAGCGGCCGGCACGGCCACCCCGAGUCUGGCCAAACGGCUACCACAUCGAUCCCAGACAGCCGAACGAGCUGCACAUCUACUGGCAACCUCUCCCCCAACUGGAGCACAAUGGUCCAGGCUUCACCUACAACGUGACCGUACAUAGGUCCAGUGAUCCGAAUCGAAUCAUUCCUGCCAAAGUGGCCGUCGAUUCGAAUGAAGCCGUUAUCAGCGAUCUGGAACUGAACAGCGAUAGCUUUACGAUAGUCGUGCGCAGUCAGAACUCGUUGGGCAGCUCGCUUAACAGCAGUCGGAUUCGAAUACCCUGGCUGCUCGCGCCGAGACGGGCGCGACGCGUGCCCAAGAACUUGGACACCGGCCGGAGGAUGAGGCAUCUCACCUGGGAUCCCCCGGAGGAGCAGAUGCUGCUGAGCAGCUACACGGUCUACUGGUGCAGCUGGAACAUAACGGACCACACCCGCUGUAACGAGGGCCUGGCCAUUGAGUCCGCUGAGGUGGAACGCUGCAGCCAGUGCCAAUAUGAGCCGCCGGCUGGACUGCUCAUCGAUGCCUACAAAUGGGCCGUCUCGGCCAAUUACGAUGGCCGCGAUGCGUUUGGCAGCGGCGGCAUGAGCUGGCUGGAAUGGUACCAUAGGCCACUGAUGACGGCGGUCGUCCAGUCGGACCAUGUGCACAAUAUCCAGGGCAUCAUUGCGCUCAUCAUACUCGGAGGCUUCAUAUAUUUCUUAGUGCGGAAGGUGCGCUAUAUGUCCAACAUUAAAGUGGAUCUGCCCGAGGGUCUGCAGAGUGUGACGCCGGCGCUAACGACAGUGGGGCAGGAGCUUCCACUUCUGACCACACAUAUGCAGCAGGAGCAGCAGCAGCGGGAGGAGCGGCAGGAGGAGCACGAUCAGCAGACGAAUUUGAACGCCCGCAUUCAUUAUCCGCCGGUGCUCUAUGCAAACUUUCGACCCCUAGACACACUGGUGCCCGCUCAGCCCCAGGAUUACGUCCGCAUAUCAAAACGAGCUGCGGAUCUGGCCAAUCCCUCGGGCUACAUUUGCAUGCAGCCCACUCAGCCAGUCAAAGUCACAGGCUAUGUGAGCCUGCCAUGAUGCAUCUGGAUCAUAUCUCUCGCUCUCCCUCUCUGUUCCUUUCAAUAUAUGUAUGUAUGUAUGUCGGAGGCGCUUCAUAUUCCAUCACAUAAUUACGCAUUUUUUUAAGUCAUUUAAACAGAGAGAUAAAGACAAAUGCUGACUCGUCCACAAAUAUUGAUAAGCAAAUCCAUUUGGGCUAUCGAUAUUUGUGCUCGAGGCUGUGUAUAUAUGUAUGUAUGUGUAUACUAUAUGACCACUCACCAGAGAACACAUAGACUAGACAAAGUUUUUCGACACCGAAAAAUCUGUCUCCUAGGGCCUAUCAAU